AUGCUGGUUAACCUUGCCGUGAGCAUCUACAGCGAGAAGGAGCUCUUUGCCCCCACAAGCUGCAGCUGCACCUGCCUUCAAAACCUUCAUCCCACCUCGAAACAUGCGCGCCGAACUAGAACCCGCAUCAAACAACAUCAUCAUCAAGGAAACAAGAUGUCAUCACUCCUACCAGCACCAUCCCCGGCAGAGAGAGUCUUUUCACUUCUCGAACUCUUCGAGCCCAUCGUCGUUGGGCUCUCGAUCCAAGACCUCAUCGCAGCCUCUCAUGUCUCUCGUGCCUUUCUCAACAAUAUUUCCAGCUCCUUAUCUCUACGACAGCGCAUCUUGGAAUGGCGCAAUAUGGGCCUCAACGAGCUCGUCUUUCAAGACACCCAAGGCGUUCCUACAGGCACAGUAGCCAGUCGCAGCCUGGACUACCCUUACUUGCGCAUCAAUCAAGCACCCUGGCUCUUCCACACGGAGUACGACGAUGGCGUCCUCAUUGUAUAUCGGUGUGUCGAAGACAAGGAAUAUUUCCUCUUUUUACCAUUUUCGGCAAAAGAGCCCAUGUACGCACUGCGCAUGUCGAGCCUUUCUCUCGAUCAUGCAACUUACAAGUUCAUGGUAACAUGGACGAGUCGUGUCAGUGGACAAGUGGUUCUCGCAAAGGAUUUUGACGGUAAACUCAUCACUUACUUGAUAAGAUUGCCCCGAGCUCCUCACCAAGACCCGACGCACAUGUAUUGCUAUCUGCAAACUUGGUACGCGAACGCUGCAAACUGGCACCACUGGGCCGAGAAGCACGUGAAAUUGACACCGCCCAAAGAGACAAGUGAUAGAAAGACGUGGUUCCAAUGGAGACUCAGAGGGCAUGGUCAAGGGAGCUACAUCGCUCGGAGGACGGACGUGGAGAGGUUGUUGUUGGCGUGUAAGUUUGGCUUCUAG